CCCUAGCCGCCGCACAAAGCUCUCAGCUUCGCCGUGGGAGAUCCUUCCACUCUCACCUACCCUCGCUGGAUUGGGGAAGGGACGUCCUGGGCGAAUUUUUUCCCCCGAGUCAAAGUCUAUGAUGGACUCCUAAUCUGAGUGGAAUUCGGAUCACAAAGCCCCACCGGAUAGUAGGGAAGUCUAUGACGGACUCCUAAUCUGAGUGGAAUUCGAUUCGGGUACGAUCAAAACGGCACCGCUUCUCAGUCAACAUCCUUUUGGUUAUUUAUUAGGGGCCGGUCCUGGUUUUCUUAUUCUGAGGAGCUGAUCUGUUUGCUGGCAACACACAGAUCACAGAGCCUCCCCCCAUCUCAAAAAAAAAAAAAGAUCACAUAGCCCCACCGCCACCGGAGAGGAAGAAGACGGCAUGUCAAAGCGGCAGCUCAUGCUUCAGCCAUGUGGCCACACUGUCAAGCGGCGGCGGGGGCAGUCGCAGCCGCGGCAGCGGCAGCAUCUUUAUCUCGUGGUGGAUGACUGGGAAAGGGGAUACAGCGUGCGCAAGAUAGAUGUCGAUGCCUUGGACUCUGAAGCCCACGCCGAGCCCUUUGACUCUGAAGCCGACUCCGACGCCUUUGACUCUGAUGCUGAGGCCUUGGACCUGGAUGAAGAUGCGGAGACCCUCCCAGAGCCGCCUGUUAUUCGCUUUAAGGCCCCUCACUGCAGAUUGUGGUAUUUCGGCGGGCAUGGCACCAACAUACUUGCAAUGCCAGUCUCCAGCAGAGCCGACAACGCCUUCCCCGUAAUCGACACCAAAACUCUGGGGCUCACCCUCUGCGCACACCCCGAUGGCCACAAGGUAUAUCACAAGCCUGUUUUCGCGUCUGUUGGUGGCGAGCUUUACAUGAUGGUGGAAUCCAGCGUGUGUGUGCUUGGUGCCCCGCCACCGGCACCCCACAACAAAGACACUCAGUGGUCUUGGACCAUACUCCCAGACUUGGCCCCGGUCAAGUCUAGUUGCAUCACAUCCUCUGCAUUGCACCCCGAUGGCCACACACUCUUCGUCUCCGAGGUGAAAAGCACCUUCUCAUUGGAUACUGAGAAGCUUAGCUGGAGUUGCCAAGGAAACUGGGUCAUGCCUUUCAAAGGCCAAGCCUACUUUGACAACGAACUUGAUGCUUGGGUUGGACUCUGCCGUCACAAAGGUGGUAUUGGUUAUGUGUGCUGCUGUGAUGUGCCACCUGUUGCCACCGCUGCCAAAUGUGGUUCCAUGCCAGCCUGGAAGCUCGGCAAGGACCAGCUCUUCUCUCAAGACAACGAGAGGCACCUAGGUGCCAACCUUCUCUACAUGGGCAACAACAACUACUGCCUAAUUCAGUCUCUCCUCCACAAAAAAUAUAAUCAACGCUGCCAGGGGCCACGUCGCCUUGUGCUGUACGUCACCAAGUUUGGUCUCAAGUAUGAUAAAAAUGGAGAGCUGAGGACAACGCGGCUAAGUGCGCGCUCUUACGAGAUGGUUGAAGGACACGAGCUUAAUGAUCUUUGCUCGACUCCCGUGGCAUUCUGGAUGUAGUUAACUUAUUUUUAAACCAUGUAUGACCCAGAUGCCCUCUUCUAUGUAUUUUUGUACACCUUCCUGAGUCAAGAGCUUUCAGAUUCCAGUUAUGAAUAUUAUAAUUUCUGUAACAAGUUCAUAUUGUUUAGUUGAAAG